AUGGAUUAUAAACAGGCUGCGAUGGGGGGUCCGUGGUUGAUUGGUAACCAUUACAUCACUGUUCGAGCCUGGCGGAAGGGAUUUGAUGCCCGAUCGGCUGAAGUUGCCACCACCCGAGUAUGGGCAAGAUUUCUUGAGUUGCCAGUGGAAUUUAUUAACCGGGAAGCAGUGGAGAGAAUUGCGUCACGCAUUGGUCGGCCAGUUUGUGUGGAUAGAGCCAUAGUAUCGGGUGCCUGCACAAAGUUUGGUCGUGCUUUCAUGGAGGUUGACCUCACCAAACCCCUAUUAGGCCAGUGCAAAGUGGAGGAUAAGACCUAUCAUGUGGAGUAUGAAGGUCUGGAUAACAUUUGUACCGAGUGUGGUAUGUAUGGACAUUCGAAGACCUCGUGUCCAACGCUACGGAAGCAGGCCCGUGAGCACCGGUUGAGCCAUCACCUCCCUCCCUGA